UUAUUAUAAGCGCACCAGUUGGAUUCUUAUGGUUGCUUGAGUUUAAUUACUCUUAUCACUUUGCCUUUUGGAAGACAGUUUAAUAAGCUUUUCACAAUAUAGGUAUUAGUAGUGUUGUUGGUGUGUUAUUGAUUUAAUGUUUUGUUCCCUUUGAUAUUGGAGGAAGUCGAUUAAUCGUGUGAAUCUGCAGCCUCCUCCGACUGAAUGUCCUGGGAAGACGCCUAUUCAAAUUCUGCAUGAAUAUGGGACAAAGAUGGGGAAGAUCCCAGUGUAUGUUUUGGAAAAGGAAGAAGGUGAAGCGCAUCAGCCGACUUUCGUCUUCAACGUGACCAUAGGAGACGUUACUUGCAAAGGGCAAGGCGCAACUAAAAAAGCGGCGAAGCACCAGGCUGCAGAGGACGCCCUGCACAUCUUACAGUCCGAAUCGGCCAUCAACCUCCUGUUAGUGAAGACGGAAGAUAAUGUGGCAGAAGUUGAGCAAAAUGAGCAAUCCAACCCAAUUGGGAUCUUGCAGGAGCUUGCAUUACAGAACGGGUGGCGUCGGCCUGAAUAUACUUUUUCUGAAGAGACAGGACCACCUCACAAAAAGGAGUUCACCGUGACUUGCAGAAUGGAGUCCUUCACAGAGACUGGAAGCGGAAACUCCAAAAAGCUCGCGAAAAAAACCGCCGCUGAAAAAAUGAGAGCUAGACUCCGAAACCUCUCCAGCCACCCCGAGACGCGCUGGGCUAAGCCCAGUGUCUGGCUGGAUAGCCUGCGUAAUUCGUCGGGAGAGAAAAUUUCCAUGCUGCGAAGAAGUCCCCUCAGUGUCCCCAACACCGACUACGUGCAGAUGAUGCUGGAACUGGCCGAGGAGCAGGGAUUUGAGGUCACAUACUUUGACAUUGGCGAGCUGACGGUGAACGGGCAGUACCAGUGCCUGGUGGAACUCUCCACCACGCCCAUCGCCGUGUGUCAUGGCACGGGGAUCUCCUGCAGUAAUGCCCACAACGACGCGGCGCACAGUGCUCUGCAGUACCUGAAGGUGGUGGCCUCCGCGAAGUGACCCUGGGGGCGGAGCUUUGCCAUGUGCUCAUGGUCGAGUUCGCUCGACCUGUCCUCACGGUCGGCUUCAGACACGACGUCACUUUAGACCAGUCUCUGGAUGACCAACAUCAGCGGUCACUGUGUGACUAAAUGCCUCCAUCCCUCAACACAAUUUUGAAAACCAAAUACAAAAUAAUUAGCAACAAUUACAUUUUAAUUUCUCAGAAAUGUCCUAUUUUUAUUUUUUUUUUUACAUUUUCUUGAGUUCAGCACUAUCCAGUAAUUAUGUGGAGCUUAAUUUAAAAACAUGGGCCCUUUCAUGAAGAAUAAGUCACCAAAAUGAAGUUCAUUGUUUUUUUAUAUCCUUACAGCAUCAAAAAUGAUAAAAAAAAAUUUAGUGCUUAAAUUUUAACCAUGUAAUGUUUAAAAAUAUUGAUUUUUUUUUUCCAAUUCCUUCAGAUUCUUUACAUUUGACUUUAAUUACACUACAACACUUGAAAAGUGGUCCUACAGACUAAUAAUUAUGAGGCAUACUUCCCUACAUGAAUGUUUACUUCAUUUGGUCUUUAAGUUGCUGUUUGGUAAUGUUCAAACAUAUUGUAAAGCUUUUAAUCAAAUACCAACAUCUAUAUUUUAUUUCAUGUGUCCUUCCCAUGUUAAACUACCUUUCAAAACCAGUACCAAAGUCCAUCAUUCUUCCCAGUAAUUACCAUAAUCAUGUCCUUCAGAAUAUUGAUAUGUAAACCAGUUUGGAUGUAGAAACCUCGGUUUCAGGACCCUCAUAAGCCUAUGAGUGUAAAUUUGAUCAGACUUUUCCAUGAAAGUUGUCAGUGUAAAAUUUCACCUGAUCUUACCAGAGACAGAGGAGUAAAUGUCUGUGUCACCUGCAGUUUUCCUAGAAGCAGUAAUUAAAACUCACCAAAUGUUAGUCAAUUUCUAAUAUUAGGCACAGCAUCAAAUUCCCUUAUACCUGAGUUUGUAUGUUACAGCUGAACUUGUUUUCCAUAGCAACAUGUUUUCAGUGAGUGUUUAAAAAGUAAUAAGCUUACAGAAACAGCUACGCCGACGUCAUAUAUGGGUUCCAGCACAGAAACACAAUAAUGUUUUGGUUACCACAAAGCUUUCCAAAGCAAUUAAAACAACGAUGGCAAAAACUGGCUAUUGAGGUUAAGCAAUAAUCCGUGUCCUGUGUUUUAAGAGUUUUCUGUGAAGUGUCAGUUUUGAUCCAGAGUUUUCUUAACAUUUCAUACUUUAUUUAAUAUAGGUAUCCGUCGACUUCCAUCCAACCGUGUCCCAUCUGAUCACAUUUACGUCCGAGGUCCAUAGUAAAUAAUUAUACACUGAUGGAGAGACGCCUGAAAGCGGGCGUAGUAGGCCGUUAGCAGGCAUAGUAGGCCAUUAGCAGGCAUAGUAGGCCGUUAGUGGGCAUAGUACUUUGUAAUACAUAUGCACACAGUAAUGUAAAUGUAAUGGAAAGCUACAAUAAGCAGAUAUAAAGAUACAGUACCUGUUCUGUGCUAUUUUGUUACUUUAAAUGAAACUUGCUGUACUGUACAAUAAAAUAUUUCUGGGCUCCUA